GUGAGAGAAUUUAUAUGAAAAAGCCCAAAAAAAGGCUUCACUCGCUAUAUCACACAUGCAGUGAGAAGAUUCGUCCAUUGAAAUCGAUCUCAAGUCAAAUUCUCAGCUCACGAUGGCGGCGGAGACGAAGAGCGUGAUGCGGAUUGCGGCGGCGGUAUGCUGGUUAUGGCUGUGUUCCGUCAUAGUUGUGGUUCGGAGCAAAUCUAGCGAUGAAAUCGGGAAAGUGAGAGAUACCGACGAUGCGAUCUCGCUACUCGAAAAUCAACUGAUGGUGACAUCUUCUUCGCAGCUUCUCAUGGUGCCUCUCACCUUGAUUCAGGGAGCUUCCUCCAAAGGAACUGUUUGCCUGGAUGGAACAUUACCUGGUUAUCAUCUACACCGUGGUUCUGGAUCAGGGGCUAACCGCUGGCUCAUCCAACUUGAGGGUGGAGGAUGGUGCAACACACGCAGGAGCUGUAUCUUCCGGAAAACCACUCGGCGUGGUUCAUCAAAUUAUAUGGAGAAAGUUUUGGCCUUCACUGGAAUUUUGAGCGAUAAGGCUGAUGAGAAUCCUGACUUCUUCAACUGGAACAGAGUUAAAUUGCGUUACUGUGAUGGUGCUUCUUUCACAGGCGAUAGUGAGGACGAGAGUUCACAACUUUACUAUAGAGGACAACGAAUCUGGCAAGUAGCUAUGGAAGAACUGCUCUCUAAAGGCAUGCAAAAAGCAGAGCAGGCUCUACUUUCUGGCUGUUCAGCCGGAGGAUUAGCUUCCAUCCUGCACUGCGAUCAGUUUAAAGAACUAUUACCGGGUACUACGAAAGCGAAAUGCUUAAGUGAUGCUGGAAUGUUUAUGGAUGCAGUGGAUGUCUCUGGGGGCCACUCGCUCCGGAAUAUGUUCCAAGGUGUUGUCACAGUGCAGAAUCUCCAGAAGGAACUGUCCACUACUUGUACAAAGCAUUUGGAUCCAACUUCGUGCUUCUUUCCCCAAAACUUGGUUUCAGAGAUUAGGACUCCCAUGUUUAUUCUAAAUGCAGCUUACGACGCAUGGCAGGUACAAGAGAGCUUAGCUCCUCCAUCUGCCGACCGAGGUGGCUUUUGGAAAGCAUGCAAAUCAGAUCACUCGCUUUGUAAUUCAUCUCAAAUCCAUUUCUUCCAAGACUUCAGGACUCAAAUGGUGGAUGCUUUAAAUUCUUUCUCGACAUCGACUCAUAACGGUCUGUUCAUAAACUCAUGCUUCGCACACUGCCAGUCCGAAAGACAGGACACUUGGUUUGCACCAGAUUCUCCUAGGCUUAAUGGCAAGACCGUUGCUGAAUCUGUUGGUGACUGGUACUUUGACCGAACAACAGUCAAAGCCAUUGACUGUCCUUACCCUUGUGACAAAACGUGUCACGAUCUCAUCUUCAAGUGAGUUAACAACAUUUUCAAACCCAUUACAGCUCCCUGAUUCUUUCAACUAUACCAUAACAUUAGUACAAUUGUUGAAAAACACACAAACCCGCAUCUCUGAAACCUUUUCAUAAUCUUUACAUAAUUUAUGCAAUACUCCUUGAUUUUCGCUUAAAAUUAAGUCACUAUUGCGUGUCUUUUGUUGGUUUUUUUUGUUUUUGUUUUUUGUGCUUGAGCAAACAAACAAUUGGGUUUAAAAACU